AUGGGAUCUGGCUCAAUCGGUACAAGGAACUACUUGAAGACGACAACAGAGAUAUUCAGAGAGGAACUUGGCACAUACCUUCAAAGAACAAGCGCUCGACUUAUUGGUGGUAUCUGCAGAGCCAGCGGCGGCGGAAGGUCAACGAUUCCUGCAAAGCGCUCGGCUGAUGGCGAUUUGGAUGAAGAAGACGAAUGCAAUCGUGCUUCAACAUCAAAUAUUGAAACUACAAGAUCUCUUGCAUCGGUUUUAUUGGUGAACAAAGGUCGUAUGCACCCUGAAUCAAGAAAGUUCUUCAACAAUGACCUUGUGAAAAAAUUGCUUCGACCAUUUGAUACAACAGUCAAGUUCCCCAACAAUGUGAUGGUCAAAUUGAUGGAAAUUGUUUGGGAUUUUUAUUAUGGAAGGCGAAGCAGGCUGGAUACGUAUGCCAAGAUCACGAGUUUGUUAAGUGCAGUUGACGAUCUGGAUAUUGACGACCUGGAUAAAAAGAUUAUCAUGUCCAUCCAUCAAUUAUGUCUAUCCUUGCCCUCAGAUCACGUCAUGAACGACACAUCAGAAAAUAACUAUUGCACCCGAUAUUUGGCACCAGCCUUGCAACCUUUAUUCGAUGAUGAUGAGACGAACACCCAAAUACUUUGGCCAACCACUGUCCCUGCAAAUAAGCGAUCCUUUUCUUUGGCAAAUCGACGGCCCGACUGUCCAAAUUUGACAUACUAUCUUAUAGAACUCAAGGCCGAUGGUCUGUAUCUGAUGGAAGAGCUUGUCACAAUCAGAAUGCCAUUAUGUAUCAAGGACAUUCCUGCAUAUCUUACGAGCCUUAGCCAAAUCAAGAAUGUCACCCAUCACUUUUACCAUCAUUGCAAGCAAUCCGAUGCAUCCGCGAUGAUAAUCAUUAGCAAACGCAACAGAGUUAGUCCCACUGCUGAAAACCUUGAUCAUGUCAUUGAAAAGACCAUUGAUCGCAAGCGACAUAAUCAUGUCAAAUAUUGAAUAAAAUACCAGACUUUGUCCACUUUGCUCAUAAGAUAAUACACAAAGGAGCAAAAGAUGAAUCUCUUCUGAGAUCGAUGUUCAAGCCACGAAGCUGAGCCUUCGUUGCAAAUAUUAGGUAUACCAUAAGACGGUAGUGGGUGUUUUGUCCUUGUGCAUGAUGGAUAUCCUAACAGCCUGGACCCAGAGUUCCAUUAAUAGGAUGUAUAAUAGAGGACAUCAACAGCUCAUUUCAAAUAAGUAUGGAUGUCAACAUUGGCA